GUUUUGCCUCUAGGACUUUUGCAACAAGCCAAUAGCUAGCUAACGGAGCAGCCAGGGUACCUCGCAACCCAUUCUGUACAGGUCAGGAGAAGAGUGUGCUCCCACUUCUCUUUAACUCUCAAGUUCGGCGGUGCCCUGCAGGGGGCUGCUCGCCCCGCCCUCACCCCCCGCCCCCCGGCCAGACGCCCGAGGGUUAAAGAGGACGCCCAGGCGUGGCGUCUGGGGUAGAACUUCGAGCCCUCCCCCUGUCGACACUCCUUCCUCUCCACCCCGCCCCUCACGCGGUGACAGCGGGGCCAGACGUUUCUCUGUAGCUGCUCUCUAGGCGCCCGCUCAGGAGCAGUUGCCCCCUGGUGCCCUUGCACGGGCUCCCCUUCAUCCCUCCGGGCUUGUGGCCACCUUGAAGAUGGCGGCUUACAAACUCCUCUCCUCUGGGCUCAGGCUCAGCAUCUUCUUCCCCAGAGCCAAGGGAAGCCAGAGCGGACCCGCCCUAACCAAGGGGUGGAGUUGCUACUUUUCCACCAGCAGCUGCCAUCAUACUCAGUUUUAUAAGGAUCCAGUGGACGCAGUCAAGGACAUCCCCGAUGGAUCCACAAUCCUGGUUGGCGGUUUUGGACUAUGUGGAAUUCCAGAGAAUCUCAUAGGAGCUUUAUUGAAGACUGGAGUAAAGGGACUAACUGCAGUCAGUAAUAAUGCAGGUGUUGAAGACUUCGGCUUGGGUCUUUUACUUCAGAGCAGGCAGAUAAAACGCAUGAUUUCCUCUUAUGUUGGAGAAAAUUCAGAAUUUGAAAGACAGUACUUAAAUGGUGAAUUGGAAGUAGAACUCACACCACAGGGAACACUUGCAGAACGGAUUCGCGCAGGGGGGGCUGGAGUUCCAGCCUUCUUCACCAGUACAGGGUAUGGAACAUUGGUGCAGGAAGGAGGAGCACCCAUCAAGUAUAACAAAGACGGCAGCAUUGCAAUUGCCAGCAAACCAAGAGAGGUGAGGGAGUUUGAUGGCCAACAUUAUAUCAUGGAGAGAGCCAUUACAGGUGAUUUUGCCCUGGUAAAAGCCUGGAAAGCAGAUCGUUCAGGAAACGUCAUUUUCAGGAAAAGUGCAAGGAAUUUCAACUUGCCAAUGUGUAAAGCUGCAGAUACCACAGUGGUAGAGGUUGAAGAAAUUGUUGAUGUUGGAUCAUUUGCUCCAGAAGAUAUUCAUAUUCCCAAGAUUUAUGUUCAUCGCCUUAUAAAGGGAAAAUCAUAUGAAAAAAGAAUUGAGCGUUUGUCAGUUCGAAAGGAUGAUGGGAAAGCCAAAUCAAAAUCUCGAGAUAAUGUAAGAGAAAGAAUCAUCAAACGAGCAGCCCUGGAAUUUGAGGAUGGCAUGUAUGCUAAUUUGGGUAUAGGAAUCCCCCUUCUGGCCAGCAACUUCAUCAGUCCUGACAUGACUGUUCAUCUACAGAGUGAAAAUGGAGUCCUAGGCUUGGGUCCUUAUCCACUGGAGAACGAAGUUGAUGCAGACCUGAUUAAUGCAGGCAAAGAAACAGUCACUGUUCUUCCAGGGGCCUCGUAUUUCUCCAGCGAUGAAUCAUUUGCGAUGAUUAGAGGUGGCCAUGUCGACCUAACGAUGUUAGGAGCAAUGCAGGUUUCUAAGUUUGGCGAUCUGGCCAAUUGGAUGAUUCCAGGAAAGAUGGUGAAAGGAAUGGGCGGUGCCAUGGACUUGGUGUCCAGCUCAAAAACCAAAGUGGUCGUCACGAUGGAGCAUUCAGCGAAGGGAAAUGCACACAAAAUUCUGAAUAAAUGCACAUUACCGCUGACUGGGAAAGAGUGUGUGAACCGUAUCAUUACUGAAAAGGCCGUAUUUGAUGUGGACAAGAAAAAAGGAUUGACUUUGGUUGAAAUCUGGGAAGGACUGACAGUGGAUGACAUAAAGAAGAGCACUGAGUGUGAUUUUGCCGUUUCACCAAAUCUCAUGCCAAUGAGGCAAAUUGCAACUUGAAGUAUGGACUAAACAGCAUUUAUUCCCAUUGCCCUGUGGAUUUUGGAUUUUUUAAAAAUCACAUAGGAGUUAAUGCAAAGAAGAGGAAAUCCAUGUCACAUUUAUACCUAUUUUCUAAGAACUUUUUGCCUAGCUUUCUUAUAGCAUCUCAGGUUCUUUAUAGCGCUAUAAACUUUUGUUCUCUGUCAAUGACAUAUAUGUAAGCAUUUCUUAUAAGAAUAAAUGCUUGCUGAAGAGGCUGUCUUCUACAAGUGGUGCUCACAUUAAAUGUUGCCUUCUGGUUUACUGUAUUUAGGUAAGUUUGUAUGUGAUUAUGCUAAGAAGACAAUCAUGUAGGAAGAAUUUUGUCAAAAUGCUUUCCUUCAUAAUUGAAUUGAGAUAAAAUGUCACCAUCCCAAGCAAAAUCAAGGCAGAAUUUUACAGAUGGUUUUGGCAAGCAUAAAGAGAAAUUUGUAUAGAAUAUACUUAAAUUAUGAAUAAUGACUUUUCCUAAUAUAACUCUUCCCCUAAACUCCAUACCCCCGAAUUUUGCCUUGGGUCCUCAACAAGGAAGGCUGGUAUCCCUAGAAGGUCACCACCUCCUUUCAGGAAACACAUUUUUCCAACCCCAUUGUAGCUAAACUGGAAUUCCCAGUUCUUUAUAAAGUGAUGCAGGAAAUUUUAUAAAGGAAAAGGUGAAUUUAUGUUGGAGAGUGAGGCUGAUUUAUCGUUUUAUCCUAUAGGUAGGACUAUUGAGUAGUCUGUAGUAGUUUAUUUCUUCCUUCCAAAAUCAAUUUGUACCUGAAAAUGCUCUUACAAUUGUUCCAGGAAACUAAUCCACUUAAGAGUUCUCAUGAUCAUAAAUAUUAAAACAGUCAUACAUCGUUCAAUAAAAACAUUCAUUGGAAUGCCCCAUCUGGUUCCUUUAUGGAGACUCUGGCAUCCUUCUGAAGCCAACAGGCAUGACGAGCCAGAGAAAAGUUCAUAUUUAGAAGUCAAAGAAUCUCUUUUUUCCAGCAUUUCUCGCUUCUUCUCAGAGCAGACUUGAAACAUUAAAUUAAUUCUUCCAUUGUCAUGGAUGCUCCCUAAAAUGACUUACAUUGGAGUCCUGAAAAAAAAUUCUACAUUAAUAAAGAACAAUUAGAAUUCCCCAUAAUGGAAACCAUCCAGUGCAUCCUUAGUGUGGUGCAUCUUGUACAUUUCAUUUUAUUCCGUGCUCCUCUGAAGGUGACCUUCAGUGCUAGAUUAGAUUCUCCCCCAGAUGGAUGCUCUUAGAGGCAAACUGGAUAUUAGACCCUCUAGAAGUUAGAAAUGACAAAGAAUGAUGUGGAACUCCUAACCCUUUGGAUCCAAAACUGUGAGCACAUUAUGAUGGUCUUACUGUUAGAAUUGCAUGUGCUUGUGCUCAGAUAUUGGUUGUUUUUGCUCAGAUAAGGAGAUACUUUGUCAAGGAGUUAAUGAUAGAGGAAAGGAUCUACAACCUUUCUAUUAAUCUAUUUGACUAAUGCAAAAGUUGAAUCCUUAUAUGAAAUACAGACAUGCAUAUAUACACAUAUGUACAGACAUAUUCCAGAUAAUCAUGUACUGCCCUAUAUAGACUACUGAACCUAAAUAUAGUUUUGGAAGUGACUGUAGAGAGCAUCUUUUUUUUCAAAGAUGAAGAAACAGCCCCAGAUAAAUAAUUUGCUGAAGGUCAUACAAGAAGUAAGUUCCAAAGUUGAGCUGAGUCUAGGAGCCCUCCCAACCUAUACUCAUAUUUUACUCUAUACCUUGCUGUCUCCCUGAUUCAAGAACAAAAUCUUUCUGAUAGCUAGUGAAAAGGAUUUUUCCAAGAUUGUGAAAGGGAGUAAGAGGCAAAAUAUAUGGAAAUCAUUCAGUAUUUGAAGUGGCUAUUUCAUUGUAUAAACUUGAUUGCUUCGUUAUUUCAAUCUACUAUGAAGAAAAUAAAGUAAUCUUGACUCUUCCCAACUGACAUGUUAGAUCUGAUUUGCAUGUGGUUAUAGGAAGGCAAUUAAAGAGUGCUGUAAACUCUGAAAUUUAAUAAAUAGAUAUUUGUGAAAGAA